AUGACACCAGAAGAGCACCAAGCUACCGCUAGCACUCCAGCCACAUCCAAGCGGAUCAACCUCUCAGCCAGCUAUAUCCCCAACCAAAACCCAAUUGGAUCAUUGAUUUCAAAAGUCAACCCAUAUCUUGGUCCAAAAAAGGAAAGGAAAAUCCUUGUCGGAACCCCGCUGCUGACUCAUACACCUUCUCAGGCACCUCUUCCUACAAUCCCUGUCACCCUGCAAACCGAUAUUCUUCUACAAUCACCCGAACCACCUCAGAUACCAGGGGGAAGGGUUGGAUACAAUCCCGAACUAAGAAGCAUUCUCUCCAAACAUGAAGAAUCACUCCAACGACUUAUUGAUCGUUACUCAAGACACAAACUUCACCUUUCCCAUCAGCUCAACGUUGACCUAGCAGAAUUAGAACAUCAACAAACUAAGUCAAAGUGUAAACUUGCCUUGAUCCAAAAAGAACUGACUGAAACAGUUGAAUCAAAUGAGAAGCUAAACAACAAGUUAUUGAGAUUCAACUUUAAGUUAAUUGACAUGAACACCUAUGAUAGAGUGUUUUACAUUGAACUAGAUCUUGCUGAAUCUGAUUACAGAAUAGUAUUGAUGGAUCCGCCGUGUACUCAUGAGGGUAAGAGCAUUGGAAUCCUGAUAGCAAUGUUGGUCUGGUCGGCCCAUCAUGUGAUUGGUCCCCCAGCCCCAGCCCCCCAAUACCUUGACCGGCCAGACCCCAUCGACGAUGCCUUUGAGCAUUUGGAAAAAUUCUGCCAACCGAGACCGCAAGCUUUCUCGGUUUGGCUGUAUAUACACUACAAGUGCUGGGUUUCAAAACAUUUGCAAAUUUCGUGCGGAAAUGUUUCAAAAUAUGCGCCCGCAGGGGCGGACGUCCUGGACCUCGGUCCAGGUGCAUUCCGCAAUGCAAUGCCAAAGGGUGCUAGUGGACCUGGAGCCUUGGCCAAAAAGGUCAUGGGCUCCUGA